GAUCGUGUAUAAGUACCCCAAUUAUUAUUAUUAUUAUUAUUAUUAUUUAGCUCAAAUAAGGAUGACCAGACAUGCAGUUUUCUCUUCGGGGGCCAAAAUGUGGAGAUCUUUGCAGUGCGCAAAGUCAGAGCUGCGUUUGGAUCUCACCCUCGCUUGUGGACAGACUUUCCGCUGGAGGGAAACGUCUGAGGGGCAUUGGACUGGAGUGAUAGGGGGGCGUGUGUGGACCCUCACCCAGACUGAAGACACUCUUUGGUACUAUUUGUAUAAAAACCAGGAUGCAGCUGGUGGGAAAAACAAAGACACUCCAAGGAGUGAUAAGGAGGAGACACAGUCUGCCACCUCCACACAGGAUGCUGAGGUGGAAGCAGAGAUGCUGAGAGACUACUUCCAGCUGCAUGUGAAGCUGGGGGAUCUAUACAGGGAGUGGGGUGCAGCAGACUGCCACUUUAAGGAGAUAUCUGACAUAUUUACAGGUGUGCGAAUGCUGCGUCAGGAUCCCACAGAAUGCCUCUUUUCUUUCAUUUGCACCUCCAAUAACCACAUCUCUCGUAUUCAGGGCAUGGUGGAGAGAUUGUGUCAGGCUCUGGGUGCACCUCUCUGCCAGCUGGAUCAAACCUUCUACCAUGACUUUCCUACACUUUCUACUCUUGCAGAGAGCCGUGUAGAAGAACGUCUCAGGGAUCUUGGCUUCGGUUACAGGGCUCGGUUCCUUCAGCAGAGCGCAAAGCAGAUCCUGGACACCAACGGACUCCAGUGGCUUGAUAGUUUACGGAAUGUUCCGUAUCCGGAGGCCCGUGAAGCUCUUCGGACCCUCCCUGGUGUUGGCACCAAGGUGGCAGACUGUGUUUGUUUGAUGUCUCUGGAUAAAUCCGAGGCUGUACCUGUGGACACGCAUGUUUGGCAGAUUGCUAAGCGGGACUAUAAAUACACUGCUAAUAAUGGACAAAAGACUCUUACUGAAAAAGUUCACAGAGAUAUUGGAGAUUUUUUCAGAAAGCUGUGGGGACCAUAUGCAGGUUGGGCCCAUUCGGUUUUAUUCUGCGCUGACCUCAAGAGAUUCCAGAACCUCAAAGAAAUGAGCUUGAAACAGCCGAAGAAAGAAGAAGAGCAUGAAGAAAAGUGUAAGGAGAUAAAAAUAAAAAGAGAGUUUGAUGGACAGGAAAAGAAAACGAAAUCCAAGUCAGAACGUCAGAAGAAGGCAAAGAUGUCCGUCAAGACAGAGGAGGUGUGAGACAAGAAACCUGGAUCUGAUCAGAUAUAAAUGCACUGGAAUGACUGUUUACAAACUCAAUGGAAAUCAAUUUACUCUCAAUGUAUGUUUGUAGGUUUUUAUUUUAAAUCUGCCUUUUUUAUUUCUUUUUAG